AUGCCACCACAAGCACACAUAAUCUCCCGGACCCUCGACCCCAUCUUCGCCAUCGUCAUCGGUCUCGGGGCAGCCGCGACGCGCAUCAAUAGGGAGGAGAAGGAAUCAGGGCGCACUACCAAGGAGACGGUUGAUAAUGGAUUGAGGAGAAUUGGAUUCCCUAGACCUGCUGCUGCAGUGGAGGAGAAAAGGGCUUGA